AUGGGCAGCGAGGCGAGCUUGGAAGGGGAAGGGGUCUCCGAAGGGCUGGCGGCGGCCGCACCGGCCGGAGGAGGGACUAGAGGGGCGGGGAGUCCCUCGCACACCGUGAUCCUGGCCUGCAUGGAGGCGGAUUUGAGCCAGCUGAGCAAAGAGGAGAGGAGACAGAACGCCGCUGUCAUGUCAAAGGCGCAGGGGCUGCCCGAGGGAAGGUCGCCUUCCAUGUACAGGAAACAAGAGUUGGAUAGUAGUCAUUCUCCAAAGCAAUCAGGAAGACCCCCAGACCCUGGGCGUCCAGCUCAGCCUGGUCUCAGUAAAAGUAGAACUACAGAUACUUUCACCAGACAGAAAUUGCCUGGGAGGAGUCCUUCCACCAUUAGCUUGAAAGAAUCAAAGUACAGAACUGAUUUUAAGGAAGAGCACAAGUCUAGUUUGAUGCCUGGCUUCCUCUCAGAGGUUAACCCUUUAAGUGCUGUCUCCUCGGUUGUAAAUAAAUUCAACUCUUUUGAUUUGAUAUCAGACUCUGAGACAUCCCAGGAAGAAACCACCAAGAAACAAAAUGUAGUUCAGAAGGAGCAAGGAAAACCUGAGGGAAUCACAAGACCUCCUUCACAACAGUCACCCAAGCCAGUUCCUAAACAGCAAGGACCUGAUACGGAUCCACUUCAGCAGGAUGGCCCUCCCAAAUCGGUAUCUUAUCAGCAACCAGAAAAAAUUAAAUCACAACCUCAAGGUACAGGAAAGCCAAUUCAGGGUCCUGCCCAGACUCCUCAGACAGACCAGGCAAAAUUGUCACUUCAACGAGAUGCAUCCAGGCCUCAGACUAAACAGGCAGACAUAGUAAGGGGAGAAUCAGUUAAACCCUCACUGCAAAGCCCAUCCAAACCACCUAUUCAGCAACCAAGUCCUAGAAAACCUCCAGCACAGCAGCCUGGGCCUGAAAAAUCACAGUCUGGGCCUGCAAAGCCUCCAGCUCAGCCCCCAGGGCUAACAAAGCCACUGGCUCAACAACCAGGGACAGUGAAACCCGCAGUUCAGCCACCAGGAACAACAAAGCCUCCGGCUCAGCCCCUUGGUCCUUCUAAACCUCCAGCUCAGCAGACUAGGUCAGAGAAACCUUCAUUGGAGCAACCUGGGCCAAAGGCUCUAGCUCAGCCUCCUGGAGUUGGAAAGACUCCAGCUCAGCAGCCAGGGCCAGCAAAGCCUCCAACCCAGCAGGUGGGGACACCAAAAGCUGUAGCUCAACAACCUGGGCUACAGUCUCCAGCUAAGGCACCUGGGCCUGCAAAGACUCCAGUACAGCAGCCUGGGCCAGGAAAGACGCCAGCUCAACAGGCAGGACCAGCAAAGCCUUCUGCCCAGCAGACUGGCCCAACAAAGCCACCUUCACAACUUCCUGGCCCAGCAAAGCCCCCACCUCAACAGCCUGGCUCAGCAAAGCCCCUGCCUCAACAGCCUGGCUCAGCAAAACUCCCAUCUCAACAGCCCAGCUCAGCAAAACCCUCAGCUCAACAACCGAGCCCAGCAAAGCCCUCGGCUCAGCAAUCUACAAAACCAGUAAGCCAAACAGGAUCUGCAAAACCUCUGCCGCCACCAACAAUGUCUCCAUCUGCAAAACAGCCUCCAUCACAAGGCCUCCCUAAAACCAUCUGUCCUCUUUGCAAUACCACUGAAAUUCUGUUGCAUGUUCCAGAAAAGGCCAAUUUUAACAAAUGCAGUGAGUGUCAAACCACUGUCUGUAGCCUCUUUGGAUUUAAUCCCAAUCCUCAUUUAACGGAGUUUGUAAAAGAGUGGCUCUGUUUGAACUGUCAGAUGAAAAGAGCUCUAGGCGGGGAUCUGGCUCCAGUUCCAUCAUCACCCCAUCCCAAACCGAAGACUGCACCUGUUACUCCGACAUCAGCAGUGAGCAAAUCAUCCCCACAGUCACAGCAGACUUCCCCAAAGAAGGAUGCUGCCCCAAAACAGGAUGUCUCCAAGGCACCUGAGCCUAAAAAGCCACCACCACUAGUGAAACAGCCAACCCUUCAUGGCUCUCCUUCAGCCAAGGCCAAGCAGCCUCCUGAGGCAGAUUCUUCGCCUAAGCCAGCCUCUCCCGAAGAACCUUCUGUCCCAUCUGAGCAGGACAAGGCCCCUGUCGCUGAUGAUAAACCAAAGCAGCCCAAGAUGGUAAAGCCAUCCACAGACCUUGUAUCUUCAUCAUCAGCAACAGCAAAACCUGAUAUUCCAAGCUCCAAAGUACAGUCACAAGCUGAAGAGAAAACAACUCCUCCUCUAAAAACAGACUCUGCCAAACCCUCACAAAGUUUUCCACAAACAGGGGAAAAAGUCACCCCAGUUGACUCUAAAGCCAUAACUCGACCUGCAUCAGAUUCAAAAAUUAUUUCACAUCCUAGGCCUAGUUCAGAGAGCAAAGGUCAAAAACAAGUUGACCCAGUUCAAAAGAAGGAAGAACCCAAGAAAGCACAAACCAAAAUAACUCCUAAACCAGAUGCCAAGCAAAUGCCAAAAGGGUCACCAACACCCCCUGGCCCGCGACCAACCGCUGGCCAAACUGUCCCCACACCUCAACAUCCCCCAAAGCCUCAGGAGCAAUCAAGACAUUUCAAUCUGAAUCUGGGAAGUAUUACUGAUGCCCCCAAAUCACAGCCUACAACUCCUCAAGAGACCAUGACUGGGAAACUCUUUGGGUUUGGAGCAUCAAUCUUCAGCCAGGCAUCAAAUUUAAUUUCUACUGCAGGCCAACCUGGACCUCAUUCACAAAGUGGACCAGGGGCCCCAACGAAACAAGCCCCUGUCCCUUCACAGCCACCUACUUCGCAAGGGUCACCCAAAUCCACAGGUCAAGCACCACCAGCACCUGCAAAGAAUAUACCUGUGAAAAAGGAAACAAAAGCCCCAGCAGCUGAAAAAUUAGAGCCCAAAGCUGAACAAGCUCCAACAGUAAAACGAACAGAAACAGAAAAAAAGCCACCACCUGUUAAGGAUAGCAAAUCUUUAACAGCUGAGCCUCAAAAGGCUGUCCUUCCCACAAAACUGGAGAUAUCUCCCAAACCAGAAUCAACCUGUCCUCUCUGCAAAACUGAACUCAACAUAGGUUCUACAGAUCCUCCUAACUUCAAUACUUGCACUGAAUGCAAGAAUCAAGUGUGUAAUCUCUGUGGAUUUAACCCUACACCACAUUUGACUGAGUAUGAUGUUCAGAUCAAACUCUUUCUCUUCUUCAGCGUCCUUGUUGCCAUCCUCAGUCAGUAUGCAUUACACAUAGUACGAAUCAUUAAGAGUUUCCAUUUUGUUUGUGCAGUUUCUGGCAAUCAAGGACCAAACUGA